AUGUCAUUUGGUAUGUUUCUUUUGUAUUACCAAUAAAACUGUUAUGUAUUUACUUUAUAAAAAAAAGUUUGAUUCUCUUUGAUAAAGUAUACAAAACAAUUCGGAUACUACUAGAUGUCAAAUAAUCAAUUCAGUUUGUAAAAAGCAAUACAUUAAACGGGGAAUAUCCGAUAUAUCAAAGUAAAAUUCGUAUGACAGAAACAACUAACAAUAUUACUUAAAUAGGAGAAAUUAUGUGUAAUCUUCUAACAUUGGCUAUGGAGACUAAAGUAACUAGUAAGACCAGCAGUUUGAAAGCUCUUUUGCUACGGGCAUGGAGAGAACGCUGGAGUGAUUUACAAUGGGGUAUCAAUAUUAAAACUAUUCUACCAAGAGGUGUUAGUGGAGAUGUAUAUAAUUUAGCAGAUUGUAUAUUACAACAGGCACUAGUAGGACUUGGACCAAAUCAAUUAGUACUUUCAUAUUUGAAACAUUCUUUAAGUUCUCAGUUGGUUUCUUAUGCUGCUGUAUUGCAACGGAUAAGCAAAUAUGAUGCCUUUCACAAGCCUCAUUGUAUUCUAAGUCUCCUAGAAUUUUUAGAAUCUAUUCAAGUAGGAAUAACAUGUCGUGGUAAACCUGAGGAAGAUCUCUUGGCUGCUGCAGUAUUAUCCAUAGUGCAUUGGUUGUUACAAUGUUAUUUACACACUUUGACAAAAAUGCCACAGAAUAGUCCAUUAACUCCACAGCCAACAGAAUUGAUGGACAAACCUGCCAGUAUAUUGAAACAGAUGCUCAGCUCUGAUUUUCUCUGUGCUAUGAUGUAUUUAGCAAAAUAUGACGACAAAGACUUGUACAUAGAAGUAGUAAAAAAGUGUCAAGAGAUUGAAGCACUAUUAAAAACUAGUAGCCUCAAGUCUUCUGUUCCAAUAGAGGAAUCUUUGAAAAAAUUGUGCAAUUUGGAAGUUGAUUGUCUAACACUGUCGCCCGAGAUGUCACAGAUGGAAUCUAUAACUCAUUGUCUACAACCUUUAUUCGCAGUUCAGGUAUUACAGAAUCCUAGUACAGAGACGUCUGUAUUUGUUAAUCAAAUGUUGAUGGUCCAAAGACUUAAAAAUUAUACAAAUGCGAGAUUAUACUGUGAGAUAAUUCGUGCGUGUUUAAUGUGUUUGCACAAUGUUACCAGUACGUUCAAAGAAUCACAAUGGGGUGCUUUCACGUUUCUAAAAGUGCCUCUUAUUUUGAAAGAAUUACAUGCGGUGCACACAAACGGGGACGAUAAAUUAGAAUACUCGCAAGAUAUUUUAGACGCAUUUGAAUUAUUAUUACAAUUUACUCCGCUCUUGGAUAUAGUGGACACUGCAUGCUCCUGCAACAGCGUAGAGUGUUUGUUAAACGCAUUGCAGAAAGUCAAUUUAGUCACAGAAAAACAAACUAAACAAUUAAGUAGCAGAAGAGAAGGUGUUACUGCGACGUUACAAAAAUUAGAAUCCUCCACGUCCACGUCUUCGAUUCCUAAAGUGAUCGUACGCGCAGAGCCAACUUUAUCUGGAAUUUUGAAAACUCUCAAUGCCGAUUACACAAAAAUUCACGAGGCUUUACUUAGUAUGUUGUAUCAAGUUCUGACUGGAAAGAGUUUUGAACUAAUGUUGGCGGUAGCUACCGUGGAGGGGAAGUUAAAAACUUUUGUUACCAAAUUAAUCAAGUUCAAUGAAUGUAGCAAGCAAAUCAAUGAACCUGUGCCAGCAAAGACUGCAGCAACUAGGGCGAUGUUGUUUGAUAUAUCAUUCCUUAUGUUGUGUUCUAUAGUACAAACUUAUGGGUCCGAUGCCGUUUUAGAAGAAGGAGAAGGAGACUCUUUUUUUGAACAAUGGGUCCGUGAGUGCAUGCCCGAACGAAAUCAACCAAAGUCACCUCAAAAAAUGUUGCAAAAUGUCGAUCCUGCAAGAGUAGAUGCAUUAUUAGCACAAAUCAAUUCUCCGGACUCUGAUUUGAAAUCUAGCAAUAUAAAGUGGCAUAUCGCGUGCCAAUCGGCUAUGGGAGCUGUGAAAGAGCUUCUUUGUGCAUGGGAGAGUGACGUACUUGGAGCCAGUGACGUUAAAAGAGCUCUAGAUGGUUUACGUACUACUGCAUGUUGUUUACCUGUUUGUGCAGCAGCCUGGCUUUGUGCAUACAUGAGUAUUACACAUCAAGAUGCACUUUUAAAACCUCUGAACAUGGUUCAACAUUUCUUAACACCACUUCCUGGAGAUGAAGUCCAGGACAAUCUUAAGGAACGCAUUAUAUCAAGACAACCUAUAUUGGAACAAUUAGAAAAUGAAUGGGGAAAUAUAAAUCAGCGAGGAUGGAUAAAUAUUCAAGCAACGCAGUCUUUGGAAUCUUUGUUAAAUACCGGUGGUUCCUUAUGGUUCGUCACGAAUAUCGUAAAAGAGGUGUUAAAGUAUCGUUAUCAGGAAGAGUUGGACCAAGCAGUAGAUUUAGCGUUUUCCAUUUUUCAUCUCGACAUCGAGAAUUGUACUUUAGAUCUCAUCAAUCAUAUCAUUCCACAAUAUUUAUAUAACUCAUUACAGAGCGAAGAACUCGUAGAACCACAAUCCUCAGUGUUAGCGAAGUUAUGUGUGUACUGUAUAUUUUCUACGUUAGAAUAUAAUAAUUCGAAUCCAUCCCGUGGGAACAGCAGGAAACGAGUACGUCGAGAUCUGGAUGCGGAAGAACUCGAUGCUCUUGGUGUACCAGCAAAUAAAAUUUUGCGACUGAACGAGACAGGAGAUUCGAAUCCUAUCUUCGGCUCGCAAAGUCCGCAAGCUCAAGGACCUACCAAUGGCCAAAAAUCAGUUGUGCUAAGGGACCCUCUUCUGUCAGCAUUAAAUGGAUUGUUCACGAUAUUCACUUUUCUAGCUGGUAGAGAUGGUGAAGUAUCUCAACAGACUCAUUUUAUACUUCAAUUUUUACGUCUGAUGGUACAAUGUGGAAAAGAUAGGACACGUAUCGUGUUGCAAGGAAUGCCACAAACAUUGGUACCUUGUCUUCUAAAGGCAUUGCCCGAAUUGUUCACUACUGAUAUUCUGUUAAGAUUUUACGAUAUACAAACGGUAGUUGGGCGCAAAGCAACUGCGCGUGACUUGUGUAUGUUGAGAAAUAUCAAUCUCAAGCCCUCAAAUUCUGCACAAGUUAUGAGAAUCAUCCACAUCCAUCAAUUUCUCCAUAUCCAUUCGGAAUUGGAAGCACAAAUAGUUCUUGAGAAAACGCAAUUACAACCAUGGAUGCCAAGAAGGAUCCAUUCGGCAUAA